GCUGAACACGUGACCCGGUGUGUGUUUUUAUGUAACGGACGUGGUGGAGAAAGUCUGUCCACUAUCCACUACACACUGUGAGGCAGCUAUAGACAUGAUUACACACGUUAACAGGACAUCUGCAUAACACUUUAUUAUAUUUUUAAAAGCUAUAUAAUGUCGCUUCAACCGGACGCAGCGGAGGAGAGAAGCAGCGCCUUCUUCAUCGCUGCAGAAGAAGAAGAAGAGGAGGAGGAGGACCACCAUCAUCAACUUAUACUACAAAAAGCCAACGCGUUAGCCUCGGAAGACUGCCUAAAAGAAGCCAUUGGGUUGUUCUCUGUGGCUAUGCGGUACCGCACUGUGAGACCAGAACAAUUAAGCACCUUUGUGGACUGUAUCCUGCGAAACUUUAAGAGGAAAACGGACUCAGAGUCGGUUUCAGGCCGGAGUCGUCGCCGGGACGUCGCUGCUGCUUCUGCUGCCGUUGCUGUUGACGACGACGUGUUCGACUGUCCGAACUGUCGCAGCUUCUUAGGCGAACCCGUCACCGCAGCCUGCGGACAUUCAUACUGUAAAAGGUGUUUACAACGACGGCUGCUCUCCAAGUGUAAGCUGUGCGGUGAAGAGGUGAGCGGAGAGGAGAAAGUGAACGUAACGCUGUGCGGACUGUUAGACAAAUGGUUCCCGGAGGAGCUGAAGAAGUCUAAAAUGCUGUGCGAAGUGGACGAGCUGUGUAGGAGAGGAUGCUACCACGAAGCGGUGUCGCUGGCGACAGAUGUGAUUCAGUGUGAUCCAGAGAUGACAGAGGUGGCGCGACUGUCUCGGGCAGAGGCGUACAUGGCUCUCAAACUGUACCGUCUGGCUCUGGAGGACACAGAGUUCAGUCCCUUGUCCAGCUGCUCUGCUGAAGCUUUGUUUAGGAAAGCUGUGGUGUUACAUGAGAUGGGCCAAGUGGACGAGUCUCUGCAAGUCUUCCUCCAAUGCCUGGCUGUAGACGAGGACUUCCCCUGUGCUAAAAGACAAGUGGAAAAGAUCCUGUGUGACUUGCUCUCCCCCGCUGAUGAGAAUGUCAAGGUCGGCCUGAGGGAAACAACACAGAGCACGUCACCUCACUUGCGAAGUAAAACCCUCGUGGCCGAUGCCCAAGCUCAACCACAGAGCCCGGUCCAAAGACAACACCAGGUCCGCGCCGCCUCGGCACACCACCAUCUGGACAGCCAGGAGAAACGCUUGGAAAGCCUGGAGCGGCCCGGUCUGAGCAGAGCUCAUUCGCUACGGAUGCAUGGCUCUAAUUGUGGCGAGGAAGGGCUGAAGAGAGUUUGCUCUGCUCCUCAGCUAGGAGACGAGGACAAGGGUGGCGUGCUGAAGAGGAAGUUGUCAGUGUCAGACACAGAACACUGCUUUGUGAACAGUGGAAGUAACAAGCUUAAAAGACAAGGUGUGGGGAAAGGCUCCAAACAAAAGGCUGCCAAAGUUAAAAUCUGCAGAAUUGUUCCUAAAGACCUGAUGGACCCCAAUGACCUGGAGUGCUCUCUCUGCAUGAGGUUGUUCCAUGAGCCUGUGACGACACCAUGUGGCCACACCUUCUGCAAAAAUUGUUUGGAACGCUGCUUGGACCAUACGCCCCAGUGUCCCCUCUGUAAAGAGAGCCUGAAAGAGUAUCUAGCAUGUCGGAAGUACAUGGUGACGACUGUCUUGGAAAUGCUGAUCAAACAGUAUUUGAGUCAGGAGUAUGCAGAGAGGACUAAAACUCAUCUGGAGGAGACCAGAGAGCUUUCUGACCUGACGAAGAAUGUGCCUAUCUUUGUGUGUACCAUGGCCUACCCCACCGUGCCUUGCCCCCUACAUGUCUUCGAGCCACGUUACCGCCUCAUGAUUCGCCGCUGCAUGGACGCGGGCACGCAGCAGUUUGGGAUGUGUAUUAAUGACCCCCAGAAAGGGUUUGUAGAUUACGGCUGCAUCCUGACCAUCAGGAGUGUCCAUUUCCUCCCUGAUGGACGGUCAGUAGUGGACACCAUUGGAGGAAAACGCUUCCGGGUCCUGUCCAGAGGAAAGAAGGAUGGUUACAGCACUGCUGACAUUGAGCACUUGGGCGACAACAGGGUGGAGGAUAGUGAGGAGCUGGAGAAACUACAAGAUCUGCAUGACGCAGUGUACGAGCAAGCCCGCGUCUGGUUCCAGGACCUCAAGAUCCACUUCCACAACCAGAUCCUGCAGCACUUUGGACCAAUGCCAGAACGAGAAGCUGACAUCCAGGCCACUCCUAAUGGUCCGGCGUGCUGCUGGUGGCUCCUGGCUGUUCUGCCUAUCGACCCACGGUACCAGCUGUCUGUCCUCUCCAUGACCAGCCUCAAAGAACGCCUGGUGAAGAUCCAGCACAUCCUCACGUAUCUGCAGAGCAUCCCCAACAACUAGAGCUUCCUCUUCUUCAUCACCACAAACAUCCUUUGGACUUUGAAAUGACAUUCAAGCAAACCCUGUACCAACAUCUCGCCAACUUUUGUUUCCUCUGCCAUCUGACCCUUCAGCUUUUCUUUUCUUUUUUCAUAACGACAAGACCCCUCGUUUUACAGUUCUUCAUAUAAAGCAAAGUUGAAACCUCCUUGAACUGUGGAUCAGUGAAACCAGAGAUUUGGCCAGACCACCUCAGGGAUACUUCCACUGACGCACAUAAUCUGUUUCUGAAUGAUUUGCAAAAUAUGACGGCAACUACUAUCAUCUGUUAUGGUUCUGAGUGCUGUUCAUUUGCAUAAGAACGUCACUGAAUGCCCUUGUCUGAUGUUUUGUUGAUGCUGUCGAAAGCAACAACAGAGAGAAGUAGCCUCUAUCUAACAAUCACCCCUGAGCAUACCUUCCUUAAGGAUAGUACUUAAUAGAGCUGAGGUGAAGAGAGUAUUAUAGUAUCAUCUCUGGUGAGACCAGUGAAAAGGACGUUUUUUUUGUUUCGUCUGCUGGCUGUAAGAUGUCUGUUAAUAUGGAGGAGGGGUGAGGCGAUUCUGUGGAACUAAAUCCUAAAUGCUGAAAGUCCAAAAAAAGUGUGGUUUAGAUGAACCAUUGAGAAGAGAUUUGAGCAAAACCAAGUGCAACUAAAAGCUGGCAUACGUGUACCAAGCACUCAUGAAAGUAUUAAUCUUUAUCUUCCAAGCAUCACAUUUUCUUCUUACUCACUUCCUCCACAUGCUUACCAUGCAAAAACUUCCAUCGCUGCAUCUUAGUCGUGGCAAAGCACCCUCCUGUUGAAAGAAUGAGGCGAUCUGUGUUUCUUCCCAUCGUUGACUUUCUUCCGAGUUGUCACGCAAAGAUCAACGAGUUUAUCCCUCCUAACAUCAGGUCGGUGGCCCUGCAAUCUCAUCUAUGCUUUUUGAAAAGCUUUUCUUCCUCUCACAGCUAACCUUAAGCCGUAUGCACUAUCUUCCAAAAUGUUUGUUUGUUAUGGACCUUUGGAGUGCGAGGAUUGAGUGAUUCAGUGGUUCUGUUCAUGUAUUAUUUGUCUCUCCUCUAAACCAAAAGAUGAAGCUACCCCUUACAUUAAUUUAAACUUAAUUAAUUUAUAAGUAAUAAUAUAUUUAUACACUCUGCCCAUGUGUUUGUAUGAGAAAUUCUAAGGGGGUAUUGCAAUAUUAUGACAAAUCAAAACAAGACAUAAAUGGCACGUAUACAUCUAAUGGGUUAGCAUCAUUCGUCAUUCAAAGCUGCUCUUUGUAUACUUGUGAGAGUCGAGAGGACGGUACCUGCAGUGCUUCAGUCGGGACUGCGUUUGCCUUACACCAUUUUGCAUUGUGAUUUGAAUUACACGAUGCGUUGGCUUGGUUACCAUUCCUUUUUGCCAUAGUGUGAAGUAUGUUUUAAUUGUAUUAUUUUUUUUCCCCUCUAAGUUAGUUUAAGCCACCAUUUGUUCACAGUGUGUAUAAAACAUUCUUAAAGAAAAUUCAAGUCAAGGCUGUUGUAUGUAAAUCAUCUGUAAAAAGGCUUUUUGGACAGAUCUUGCUUUUUGGUCAGAUGUUUAAGUUAUCAAUUUUCAAUAAUAAAUGCACUUCUUUUUUCAACUUCA